CGCUAGGAUUGAGAAAUGCAAUAAAAAAAAAAAGAGUGAUACGGUCAGGGAGCACGGUCAUGUUGAUGGUCGGAAACUUCUUCUUCCGAUGUCGAAUGUCGUGCAUGUUUUCAUGCUCGCUCCUGGUGUAAGCUACGUGUCAUAGUAUGGGUGAACAGCGCUCAUCCAGUUAGAAAAAUUCAAAGUAGCUGAAAGAUAUUGAAUACAAGGUUUCACAACGCAGUGAAGGAUGCCUUCCGCUAACAGGAGCAUCGAUACAUAUGACCCUAAGACCAAAAUGAGACUUCUGAGUGAUUUGGGUAGCGCAGUUGAUAUUGAUGAAGACAUACCCUUGAAGCGGUACUUCAGGUCCGGCAAGGAGAUGGUGCGGAUGGCGGAAGUUUAUCACAAGGAAGGGGACCUCGAAAGAACCUAUAUACUUUAUACCAAAUAUAUCACGCUGUUUGUAGAAAAGAUAUAUAAGCAUCCUGCUAUGAAGACACCCCCUGUACCUGAUUGGGACCAAACAAAGAAGAAAUUGAAUGAAGUUUUUCCUAUUGCGGAAAAAUUGAAAGCUGAACUCUUAGAAAAGUAUACCCAAGAGUACAAAAUCUUACUCAAAAACAAGGAAAGGCAAGAUGCAGAAGAAGCACUCCAGGAAGAGCGUAGAAAGAAAGAGCAGUUGGAGCGGCUUAUGUAUGAACAACAGAAGCAGUUUGCACUGCAGCAACGACAGCAGCAGGCAAAAAUGGCCCAGCCCGAGAGGCCAGACACUCCAACGCCUCCUUCUGGUGGUAUAUCUCCUUCUGAUGUUUACCCAGUGCUGCUCGAGCUGGAGAACGGUGUCCGUGGCACUCCUCGACCUAAGACACCACCUUUCCCAACUCUGAGUGACUUUGAAGUGCCGGACAUUCCUCCUAGGGCUUCGAAGCCCUCUGCUCCUCCAUCGGCACCUAUGGAUGUGGUAAGGAGGGCAAUUCCAGCUGUGGAUCGGAGCACAAAGCCUUUGCCAUUGCUCAGCACAGAGCCCUACUAUCAUAGUACGCAGGGGCUACGAACUGUUGUUGUGCCAGGAGGCCUUUUCUCCAAGUUUCUUCACCUUUCUCGACAAAACACCGAGAAGAAUAUUGAGACAUGCGCUAUUAUGGCAGGAAAGUUUGCGAGGAAUCAGCUGAGCAUCAGCCACCUUUUGGUGCCGAAGCAGUCUGGAACCGCAGAUUCCUGCUUCACGGAAAGUGAAGAGGAAAUGCUCGAGUACCAGGAUGAGCUAGGCCUUGACACGAUUGGAUGGGUGCAUACCCACCCAACACAGACUGCUUUCAUGUCCAGUGUAGACCUCCACACCCACUGCAGUUAUCAGCUUAUGUUGCCUGAAGCUGUGGCAAUAGUGUGCUCUCCAAAAUAUGAAGAGAACAAAAUCUUCAGCUUGACUGUUGAACAUGGUUUGCCAUUUAUCUCUGGAUGCCGUGCUACUGGUUUUCAUCCACAUCCCAAUGAGCCACCACUCUACGAGGAAUGUAGACAUGUCAAGGUGGACGAGAAGGCGCCAAUUACAGUGGUGGAUCUUCGAGGAUAAAAAUUCACAUUCAGGUGGACGUGGAAGCGUGUAUUCAGUGUAAAAGAACAAGAACACAAGAAAGAAACUGUACAUUUUUGUAUAUUGUCUGUCCCUGGAAAGAGGGCUUGGUUAGGACACUCACUGUUUAGUUAAUCUCAGUGCUAGUCAUAACUGCAUACUUUGUCCCCUUGUUGUGCCUGGACUGCAUUGUUACUGACCUCAACAUCAGUUGCGAAUGAAAAGCUCCGUACAGAA